UCCGGUUCCAUUAAAUGACGAUUUUAGCGUAUUUUAUAAUAAUUUUUAGUUUUCCUUUGAUGUAUUUAGAAACAUGGAUUGGCAAUUAACUUGUCGAGUAUGCUUAGAAACUGGUGAUAUGGUAUCCCUCUUUGAUUGGGAUGAAAAUAACGAACAACUCGCUGAAAAGUAUUUCUACUGCAGCGGUAUUAAGGUUACUAAAAGGGACAUAUUACCGACGCUAAUAUGUUUGAAUUGCGUGGAUCGCUUAACGCUUGCUUAUCAAUUCAAACAACAAUGUAUUUCAUCAACGGAUACAUUGAAAGAAUGUCUCGAAGAAUUUUUGAAGAGCCAAGCUGAAGUUUCCGCGCCAAAGAGAGAAACCAGUGAAACUGAAACAAUUACAAUAAAGCAAGAGAAUGGAUUGCUUCUUCAAUAUGAUCUUCCAGUGGAACAUGACCCGCAAGCACAAUGGACAAGAACUCUCACAAAGACACCAACAACCACUGUUGUUACUAAAUCACCUGGUCCUAGAAAACGGGGUCGGCCAAGAAAAUAUCCUAAUGAACAAGGACAAAUUGAUAUUUCUCCAUACACACGCAAGAAGCAAAAAGAGAGUGGAAAAGAACCACAGUCCCUUACCUCUAUGCUGGCGUCAGGCACAUUUGAGCUUAAAGAAGAGCCAGUAGAUGAUGAAGAGGGGUUUGAAGCAGAUCAAUUUGACAACAGUGACCCAGACUUUGUGCCUGUUGAUGAAGCAGACUCGGAGCCGGAAAUUAAAAAGUAUUCAGGACCGCGCCGUCGUGGUAGACCUCCCAAGGUUCAGACUGAAACAAAAGAAAAGAAUCAAGAUGGUGAAGAUGUUCUCCUGAAGGAGACGAUAUUGGCAUUCUCGGAGCCAAUACCUGACCAUAUACUGAACCCUAAGCCAAAGAAGAAGCGGUCUUAUAUGCAGAAGAAGAAAUAUAAUUAUGAAAAGACACACACAUGUGAGACUUGCGGCGCGUCGUUCACUUCCAAUGCCUCGCUGCAGGCACAUAUACGACGACAUUUGGGCAUCAAACCAUUUGUAUGCAGUGUUUGUGGAUACGCGUGUGUACUGAACAUGGAGCUGCGCCGGCACAUGAUGCGGCACACGGGCGUGCGGCCCUACAAGUGCCGCGUCUGCGACAGGCGCUUCGGGGACUUCGGGAGUCGGCAGAAACACGAGAGAUUGCACAUGGGUCUGCGUCCUUACCAGUGCUCGCUGUGCGGCAAAGCCUUCACCUACUCAUAUGUGUUGGCUAACCACAUGCUCACACACACUGGAGAGAAGAAAUACUCUUGUACACCUUGCAACAAGAAGUUUACCAAAGCACAUCACCUCAAGUACCACAAUAAAGUACAUCACAAGGAACUAUACAUACAGCAGCAAUUAGAACAAGAAGCUAAGAAGAUAAGACAGCAGUUAAAUAUUAACAACCUCUCAGGAGUUAUCUCCGGACAGAUCGUGGAUGGGAAACUACAGCUGGUUAAAGCACAAACUGAUGAGGAUGGCGAGGGUGACCAGGAGAGGGAGAUGGAGGUGGUUGAGGAACAGGAUCUGGACCAGGACGAGGACAGCGAUAAGGAAACGAACAGAGCUGUUGCCGACAUGAGAGCUGUAAUUCUAGACACAGACUUUUCAAUGGAAGAUGAUGACAGCAAAGAGCAAUGAUAUAAAUAUAAGAUUUAUUACUAAAGUAAAAUCUCAAAUAUAAAGUUUCCUAUUAAAUAGAGAUAAAAAUGUGUUUACAAUCUGACCAGGAAAAAAACUCGAUAUAUAACAAAAAUAUAUGAAAUAAGUAAUAAAAAAAUGAUUUUUAUAUUCCUGGUUAGAUACAUGGAAACUUAUUACAAACCUCAUAUAAUAUCGAUUAUUACAUAUAAUAACAGUAAAUAGCCCAUAAUCAAAUUUAAGUAUUGUUAGUAAUCAAACUAGAAUAUUUUAAUUUGUAUUAUCUAAUAUUUAGUUAUAGAAAUAUUAAUUUUUACUCUUAAUAUAAUUAUGUUGAAUUACGCUUAAUAUUUAGUGAGUAAUUGUAGUUGUAGAAAUAAAUCGUUUUUUCAAUC